AUGGCGACUAUGACCGCCACGACCACUGCCAACAUGCAGACGAAGACCUCUCGUGUCGAGAAAGCAGAGAAGUCGAUUGUUGGAGACUUCAGCUGGAGCGAUGUCCUUGUCCCUGAGAAGGCUGGUACUGGUCUCACUAAAUGGCACUAUCAACGACGAACACUAGUUCAAUAUGCCUGUCUAUUCAUAAUGGGCCUGACAUCGUUCUAUAAACUCCAAUCCCCAGCUCUACGUGCUGCAGGAUUGGGUUUCCUCUUUCCUGGAGCUGGUCUCACCGCCGUCUGCACAAUUCCUUCGAUACUGUCCUUUAUCGUCUCAACUGCACUCAUACCCUUUGUGCUCUUUGCCUGGUUUGGGAUGGGCGGCGUCGUGUUCCCAAUCCUCCUCUGGACCGGUACUGCAGUUCUAUCUGCCGUUCUUGCCAAAGACUCAGUCCUCGAACUAGCUGCCCCGUUAUGGUCCGCCAUCUGCAUCGGCGGUAUCAUCUAUAUCACAUACUCGACCCAUCGAGCAAACGCAGAGGCACGUCGGAAACGUGAGUCGCGCAACAACUAUCUCAUCGAUGAAGUACGGAACAAUCAAGCCCAAGCCGUCCAACCUGAACCAGGUUCUCGUGAAGUUGACGAGAAAAACCUUCGCUUCCUGCAAUGGUUCCUUGAACUCGGCCUAACUCCCAGAGACGACUUCUCCUAUCACGAUGUGAUCGACCAGUUCCAAACUUCGGCGAUCCGAUACCAGCUCUAUGAGACAGUCAGCGAUCUCGGACUCUAUCAGAACGUCUACUGCCCAAAUUUCCAUGGAUAUCUGUCCCAAGCACAGCGCAACGUGAUUGAGAAAAGUUUCACCAAGAAAGUCAUGGAGUUCUGGAAAUGGGAAUCAAUGGCAGGCAAAUUCAACGCACAUGACUGGGACCCGAUCAAGAAAGACAACAUCAUGGUCACGGGCUACAUCCUGCAAGCCGUAGGAAUCUACCAGUCUAACACUGGAGACGAACGAUACACCAAACCCGGCAGCAUGACCUUUGAGAUCACGGACUCCAUCAAGUUUCCAUACGACUUGAAAGGCGUUGCCGAUGCCGUGUACAGAAACAUGAACGAAGCGGCCUACUGCCUCUAUCCUUGCGAGCCUAAUUGGCUGUACACCCCUUGCAACCUCGUCGGCAUCGGUGGCAUCCUCCUCACAGACCGUCUUCUAGGCAACAACUACGGCGAACAAUUACGAGAACGCUUCGAGCAUGCGUUAGAAACUGAAUUUACCGAUCCAGAUGGAAGCAUCCUGCCUAUUCGCAGCGAAUUGACUGGAUUUACGAUCCCCGGCCUCGCAGGUGCAUUGUCCGACGGUGUCAACUCGAUCCUAUGUGCCGCAUACCUGCCCGCCAUCGCGCACCGAAACUGGGCCUUCACCAAGAAAGAAACGCUCCACUACAACGAAAAGGGCCAGCUCGAAGUCCGCAACCUGAUGGGCGCCGACAAAUUGGACCCCGGGAACUACAAGGCUGGCGAGGGUGUGAUCCGCUGCAUCUGCGCCGCGGCGGCCGCCGAAUUCGGCGACGAGAAGAUCUGUGCCGAGCUCUUGAGGCAGUUAGAUGAGGAGUUCCAUCCGGUCUUCCGCACGCGCACGGGUUCGCUCAAGAAUAAAGGCGUCAGUACGCUCGAGCAGGGCACGACGACACGCGCGCGGAUUGGGAAGUUUCAGGAUUGGACGAAGAUGAUCCAGCGAGGACCGCCAGCGCAUAUCUUCCGCGCCCCGGUGUUGGAGGAAGUGCCCUUCCCGGACGUCCUGGUCGCGAAGGCGUACAGUAUGGACGGCGAAAGUGUGGAUCUUGUCUUAUACAAUGGUCGCGAGCCUGGGGUGUUUAAACUGGGUUUCAUUAGGUGUAAACCUGGUGAGCGGUACACGUUGAUGGGCCAGGAGCAGGUUGUUGCGAAGGACGGGACAGUGUCGUUCGAGAUCGAGAUUGAUGGUCGAACGGCAGGGAGGUUGAAACCUGUGCAGUGGAAUUGA